CAGGGGUCUCCGCUCCCGGGCUCCGCGGCGCGGGCGAGCGUGAGCGGAUGUUCAGUUCUUCUCCACAAUGAAUGAGUGUUACUAUGAUAAGCAGAUGGACUUUUUUUAUAAUAGGAGCAACACUGACACUGCCAAUGAGUGGACAGGAACGAAGCUUGUAAUUGUUUUGUGUGUUGGAACAUUUUUCUGCCUGUUUAUCUUUUUUUCUAAUUCUCUGGUCAUCGCAGCAGUAAUCAAAAACAGAAAGUUUCAUUUCCCCUUCUACUACCUGUUGGCUAACCUAGCUGCUGCAGAUUUCUUUGCUGGAAUUGCCUAUGUAUACCUGAUGUUUAACACUGGCCCAGUUUCAAAAACUCUGACUGUCAACCGCUGGUUUCUCCGCCAGGGGCUUCUGGACACUAGCUUAACAGCCUCCCUGACCAAUUUGUUGGUUAUUGCCGUGGAGAGGCACAUGUCAAUCAUGACGAUGCGAGUCCACAGCAACCUGACGAAAAAGAGAGUGACGCUGCUCAUCUUGUUCGUCUGGGCCAUUGCCAUCUUUAUGGGGGCUGUCCCCACACUGGGCUGGAAUUGCCUCUGUGACAUCUCUGCCUGCUCUUCCCUGGCCCCCAUUUAUAGCAGGAGUUACCUCAUUUUCUGGACUGUGUCCAACCUCAUGGCCUUCUUCAUUAUGGUCGUGGUGUACCUGCGGAUCUACAUGUACGUAAAGAGGAAAACCAACGUCUUAUCUCCGCACACAAGUGGGUCCAUCAGCCACCGGAGGACACCCAUGAAGCUAAUGAAGACGGUGAUGACUGUCUUAGGGGCCUUUGUCGUGUGCUGGACACCAGGUCUGGUGGUUCUGCUGCUCGACGGCCUGAACUGCACGUGGUGCAACGUGCAGCAUGUGAAAAGGUGGUUCCUGCUGCUGGCGCUGCUCAACUCCGUCAUGAACCCCAUCAUCUACUCCUACAAGGAUGAGGACAUGUACAGCACCAUGAAGAGGAUGCUCUGCUGCUUCUCGCAGGAGAAGCACCCGGAGCGGCGGCCCUCCCACAUCCCCUCCAUGGUCCUCAGCCGGAGCGACACGGGCGGCAGCCAGUCUAUGGAGGAUAAUAGCGACCGAGGCCAGGUCUGCAACAAGAGCAGCUCCUAGGCUGCAACGCCCCUCUGCCUGGCCCAGCCUCCUCGGGCAGAACUGUUCAGAACGGUUACCUGUCUCCAACUAAGCCCACGUACAGUGUUAUCUGAGCUCUGAAUGAGUCACUGGGAAAUUUUUUUACAAAUUGUUUUCCAUCAUUUAAAAGCAUGCGCAGGAAAGAGAGGACACGAUGCAUUUAGAGAAAACGCACAGAAAGAGGGAAGGCAGCGCCGUGGAUUCCUGCCCGACAUCCCGUGAACCCCUUGGAGCAUCGCCCACCAGGCCGUGCAUCCUGGGCUCUGCCACCAUCUUGUAGCCAUUCUCUUUGUGUUUCCAAAGGAUGCUGUUAAAGCGCUUAGGCCAAAAUCAAUAAAAACGUUACUUGAGCCACCUCAUGUAGCUGCUUGGAAAACCUAUGUAGUUCUUUCUGCAUACAUUUGAAAUUUUAAAAAAUGCUUCAGCAGUGAUGUUUUUCUCCUCAAACAAAUCAUGGCCAGUAGCUAGGUGUUCAAUAGGAAUCUCAGAAUAACAAAUCAGUCAGGGCUCCAGAUUAAUUAACUUGAUUUUUAACUGAAAGAACAUUCUGAGGAAAAAGAUUUACUUUGAAGUAAUAACAAAAAAGGUAAAUGUUAAUUAAAAACU